UUCACCGUGCUCUCUGUUGUUUUGUCGUGAUGCUUGUUUAAUACAAACUGUUAGAAAUGUUGUUUCUGUCAGUGGAAAAAUACAGUUUUUGAAUCAGGUCAUUAAACGCCUGUUAUAUUUUCAGCAAGAAAUUCUGGAGGAGUAUCAGCUGAACUGAGAUCUGCUGUGAAUAUGGAGUUUGUUAAAGAGGAGAGUGAGGAAAACACAAGUGAAAUAAAAGAAGAGGAACCAGAAACCAGGAAAAUAAAAGUAGAGGAACCAUAAACCUGGAAAACAAAACAAGAGGAAACGGAAAACUGGAGAAUAAAAGAAGAGGAACCAGAAAUAUUGAGAAUAAAACAUGGGGAACCAGAAAUAUUAAGAAUAAAACACGGGGAACCAGAAAUAUUAACAAUAAAACAUGGGGAACCAGAAACCUGCUGAAUAAAAGAAGAGGAACCAGAAAUAUUAAGAAUAAAACACGGGGAACUAGAAAUAUUGAGAAUAAAACAUGGGGAACCAGAAAUAUUAAGAAAAAAACACAGGGAACCAGAAAUAUUAAGAAUAAAACACGGGGAACUAGAAACCUGCAGAAUAAAAGAGGAGGAAGCAGAAAUAUUAAGAAUAAAACACGGGGAACAAGAAAUAUUGAGAAUAAAACAUGAGGAACCAGAAAUAUUGAGAAUAAAACGAGGAAUCAGAAACCUGCAGAAAAAAAGAAGAGGAACCAGUGUCUCUCCAGUUCAGCGGGUGGCGCUAAAACACAUUCGUUUGUUUGACAAACACCAUUAGACCUCAGAAGAAGAGGAUUAGUUUCACCACUCUCUCUGUUGUUUUGUCGUGAUGCUAGUUUAAUACAAACUGUUAGAAAUGUUGUUUCUGUCAGUGGAAAAAUACAGUUUUUGAAUCAGGUCAUUAAAUGCCUGUAAUAUUUGCAGUAAGAAAUUCUGGAGUAUCAGCUGAACUGAGAUCUGCUGUGAAUAUGGAGUUUGUUAAAGAGGAGAGUGAGGAAAACACGAGUGAAAUAAAACAAGAGGAACCAGAAACCUGGAAAAUAAAAGAAGAGGAACCAGAAACCUGGAAAACAAAACAAGAGGAAACAGAAAACUGGAGAAUAAAAGAAGAGGAACCAGAAAUAUUGAGAAUAAAACAAGAGGAACCAGAAACCUGCAGAAUAAAACACGAGGAACAAAGAGAGUUCAUUAAAGAGAAAGAGGAGAAUGAAGAAUCAAGUGAAGUUGAAGAGAAAAAUCAUAUUAAAACUGGAGGAAAACCUUUGAGUUGCUCUCAAACCAAACAGAAAGAAAUAAAGAAAAAAAGAGUUAAGAAAUCUCUCACUUGCACUCUGUGUGGAAAGAAUUUUAGUUCCGCUAGCAGUUUAAAAACGCACGAGAGGAUCCACACUGGAGAGAAACCUUAUAAGUGUUCACAGUGUGACCAGAGAUUUAAUCAAUCAGUAAAUCUGAAAACACAUGAGAGGAUCCACACUGGAGAGAAACCUUAUAAAUGUUCACACUGUGACCAGAGAUUCAGUCAUUCAGCAAAUCUGAAAACACAUGAGAGGAUUCACUCUGGAGAGAAACAUUGUAAGUGUUCACACUGUGACCAGAGAUUUAAUCAAUCAGCAAAUCUGAAAACACAUGAGAGGAUUCACUUUGGAGAGAAACCUUAUAAGUGUUCACAGUGUGACAAAAGAUUUCAUCAUUCAACAAAUCUGAAAUCACAUGAAAGGAUCCACACUGGAGAGAAACCUUAUAAGUGUUUACACUGUGGCAAGAGAUUCAAUCAUUCAGCAAAUCUGAAAAUACAUGUGAGGAUCCACACUGGAGAGAAACCUUAUAAGUGUUCACACUGUGACCAGAGAUUUAAUCAAUCAACACAUCUGAAAACACAUGAGAGGAUUCACUCUGGAGAGAAACCUUAUAAGUGUUCACAAUGUGACAAGAGAUUCAAUCAUUUACCAUAUCUGCAAACACAUGAGAGGAUUCACUCUGGGGAGAAACCUUAUAAGUGUUCACAAUGUGACAAGAGAUUCAAUCAUUUACCAUAUCUGAAAACGCAUGAGAGGAUCCACACUGGAGAGAAACCGUAUAAGUGUUCACACUGUGACAAGAGAUUCAAUCAGUCAGCAAAUCUGAAAAUACAUGAGAGGAGUCAUACCGGAGAGAAACCUUAUAAGUGUUCACAGUGUGACGAGAGAUUCAUUGUUUCAUCACAUCUGAAAACACAUGAAAAGAUCCAUAAUGGAGUGAAACCUUAUAAGUGUUCACAGUGUGACGAGAGAUUUAAUCAGUUGCCAAGACUGAAAACACAUGAGAAUAUCCACGAUGGAGAGAAACCUUAUAAAUGUUCACAGUGUGACAAAAGAUUCAUUGUUUCAUCACAUCUGAAAAGACAUGAGAGGAUUCACUCUGCAGAGAAACAUUAUAAGUGUUCACACUGUGAUAAGAGAUAUAGUGAUUCAUCAAGUCUGAAAACACAUGAGAGGAUUCACACCGGAGAGAAACCUUAUAAGUGUUCACACUGUGGCAAAAGAUUCAAUCAUUCAGCAAAUCUGAAAAGACAUGAGAGGAUCCACACUGGAGAGAAGCCGUAUAAAUGUUCACACUGUGACAAGAGAUUCAUUGUUUCAUCACAUCUGAAAACACAUGAGAUGAUUCACACUGGAGAGAAACCUUAUAAAUGUUCACACUGUGACAAGAGAUUCAUUUUUUCAUCACAUCUGAAAACACAUGAGAGGAUUCACACCGGAGAGAAACCUUAUAAAUGUUCACACUGUGACAAGAGAUUCAUUGUUUCAGCACAUCUGAAAAGACAUGAGAGGAUUCACUCUGCAGAGAAACAUUAUAAGUGUUCACACUGUGAUAAGAGAUAUAGUGAUUCAUCAAGUCUGAAAGGACAUGAGAGGAUACACACUGGAGAGAAACCGUAUAAAUGUUCACACUGUGACAAGAAAUUCAUUGUUUCAUCACAUCUGAAAACACAUGAGAGGAUUCACACCGGGGAGAAACCUUAUAAGUGUUCACACUGUGGCAAAAGAUUCAAUCAUUCAGCAAAUCUGAAAAGACAUGAGAGGAUCCACACUGGAGAGAAACCGUUUUAAUGCACUGUACGUGGGAAGUGUUUCAUUCAGUCAUCUGUUAUACACAGUUAUACAAAAGACAAUCACAGUAAGGUCCCGUACAAAUGGAGACAUGUUUAGCUGUAUAUGUAAAUAAUUUGUAUGGUAUAUGUGUUUCGUCCAGGUGGAUCCGGCAUUUUGGGAGAGUGAAAUCACUACUUUUCUUUUUAAACCGGGUCCCAGAGUGGCUGAAUCUAUAAACUACACCUUUGCGUUUUCGUGUGUAAAGCCAAUACGUAUAUUUUGUGAAACAAUGAUGUCAUGGAAGAUCAUGUGACCCUUCGGCAGCAAUGCACACAUAGUCCUUUGGUCUGCUCACUUUGUCAGAAAUUAUAUAUAUCCUGUCAGUAAAUUGUGAACAACUAGCCACAGUCAAGGAUGUUCGGGAAAGACAGAUUGAACAAUCACCAAUAAAGAAAAAAUUUAAAGAUUCUGCCAUUUACUGAGGAACUGGACGUGGCUAUAGCUAACGGUAUCAAGCUAGUGCUCAAAGAGCAACAAAGUGCUCUCGAUUCAGUUGUGGCUUCAACUGUACGAGAAGCAAUAGACUCUGUACUGACUCUAGCACUCCGCGAUCUACAUUUGAAGAUGCAAACAACCAACAAUUCUGUGAAAGAGCUGAGAGGAGAGGUUGAAAAACUAGCCUACGCAACAGACACAUGACAGGGUCGAUUCCGUUCAAGCAGCUGCAUGUGAGGAUAGGAGAACGGUCACAAAGAAAGAUUAAAUUAAGAAAUCAAGAAUUAAGAAAUCAUUUGGAACAACUCACCGAAAAAAUUACGGACAUUGAGGAUAAGAGCAGCUGAAAUAACAUAUGACUGGUGGGGUUGCCAAAAGGGGCUGAGGGCUCAGAUGCAGCGGGCUUCCUCAGAGCAAAUAUUUCCAAGUGCACCCCCUCACCGAAAGGCCGUGAUAUCAUGAUUGACCGGGCACAUUUUGUGUAUCACGGAAGGAAAAACUCAGUUUGGCAAUGUACUCUCAUCUUCCUUGUACUAAGAUGGCAUGACAGGUCGGCGAUCCUUAAAGGUGCUCGGCCGACAUAUCCGGUGAAAUAUACGCAUGAAAUGUCACGCUACUAUUUUUUGCUUGACUUUAGUCCAGCCACAACUACCAAGAGAAAGAGCUUUAAUCCAGUCUUGAAGAAGACGACAGCCCUCGGUCUACAGCCCUCCUCCAGGUUACUUUAUGCUGAACAUUUCUAAACUUUCCCAGUUUAUCUCAAAUGUUAAACUACCCAGAAUAAAACUUGCCAUGUUGCAGCAUCCUAUACUUUUGGGAGGAUUGGGUGUACCCAAUUUUGAAUUAUAUUAUUUGUCCUUUCAAUUUAAGGCUCUUCGUAUUUGGGCUGAUCCUCAAUCUAAAGUUUCAGGGAGAGCAAUCGAAGCUGACUAGGUUAAACAACGUAAGCUCCAAGAUAUUUAAUUUGCUGGCACAGGAAAUAAAAAUGAUAAACAUAACUUUUGCCCCUGUUGUGGCCAAUUCUAUUAGGAUCUGGAAAAGGGUGGUAUGCCUGAUGCGAGGACCUUUAAAAAAAAUUUAACAAGGCUUAUGGCAGAACUUAAAUUUUUCACGUGGAAAACGGCCAGUAUGUCCAGCCUUCUGGGUCUGAAUUGGACAUAAACACAUGCAAUGACUUAUAUGAUGACCAAAGACACAUUUCAAGAACUGAGAACUAAGAGUGGUUUACCAGCAUCAUAUUUAGUCUUUUUUCAGUUACUCUCUGCUCUCUACUCUGCCUAUUGAGUUCCCUGGGCAUCCCCCAUUUCCUCUCAUCCUAUGUGGGAUUUGAUUGCACCAUCCUCUGGUUGGCCAUCUAUUUCUUUAAUGUAUAAUAAACUUAAUGAUCACUCUAAAAAGCCUAAUUUCUAUAAAACAUAUAUGGAAUUGACAAUUAAAAGAUUUUGAUGUAUCGGUCGAUUGGGAGGGUGUGGUCAAAUCUAAUAUUAACUUCUAAAAACUUGGUUCAUCGUUAUAUCCAUUUCAAAGUCAUCCAUAGAGCAUAAAUAACUCCAUACAAAAGUUUUUUUAAUGAAUCUUCAAUCGACCUGUAACUGCCAUAUCUGUAACAAUGUAUUUAUCUGUAACACUGUAUCAUCAGGUUCUUUUCUUCACAUGUUUUGGGAAUGUCCAAUUGUUGUCAAUUUAUGGACACGUGAAUUCUGUUUUAAUCCAUUUUGAUGCAAAUUGUUUACAUGUCUAACCCAUGUUCAUGUUUUCUCAAUAAGGAUUCCAACUGAUCUUUAAGUUCAUUAAAGAGAAUGUUGUUUGCUGGUUUUACAGCUGCAAAGUAGACA